CUCGCUCGACACAGUGAAACAAGGGAGAGUGAAGAAAGAGCGAGAGAGAGAGAGAGAGAGAUGAGCGGAGUUUCAACAGCGGCGUACGUAGCUCGUCGGGCAGCUCAGAAGGAGCGGGUUCGGAUCCUCUACCGCAAGGCCCUCAAAGACACUCUCAACUGGGCCGUCCACCGCCACCUCUUCUACCAAGAUGCUGAUGCUCUGCGCCAGAGGUUCGAGACCAACAAGCACGUGGAAGAUCUUGACACAAUUGAUAGACUCAUAGCUAAUGCUGAAGCUACCUACGAUAAGUGGCGCCACCCUGACCCUUAUGUUGUUCCCUGGGCUCCUGGUGGUUCAAAGUUUCAUCGGAAUCCGACUCCACCUGCUGGGAUUGAGAUAGUAUAUGACUAUGGCCGAGAAGAUAACUAAAACGAUGCAUAUUUUUCCUUCCAAUAAAUAAAGGCAACAAUAAAGCAAGAGAGUUCCAUUCCAAUGAGAGUCAGAGGAUGCCGUUUGAAGGUGAGAGAGUGAUCUUACCACUCUGGGGAGAGAGGUGAAUUGUAGAUCACUUUAGAGAGAGUAAGGAGAGACAGAGAGAAAACUUUUGUAUUCCAUUCCAGAAAGGGAGAGAGGUUCCGUGUUUUCUUAUUGUUUCUUGUUGUUCAGUCUUGUGUUAGAGGCAUGGUAAGAUUGUUGUACCCAUUAUUGAUUUAGUGGAAGAGGUUGUUGCUGCGUUGUGGAA